AAUAAGUCUCAUAAAGAUGGUUUGUUUUAUGAUAAAAAUUUAUCGGUUAUUAACUUGUGUCAUUAAUUUAGAUGUAAUUAAUUAACUUGUGUCAUCUCCAUAAAUCGAAUCAUUGGAGAAACUCGCUUAAGAUAUAUAUCUCUCCUCCACAUAAAUAAGUUGUUUUCGCUCUUAAUUUUCAUUUUAUUAUAUUUCUUGAUGGGGCUUUGAUAAUGCGUCCAAGAAUCAGUCUCUUUCACAGUCUUAACACCAAAGAGCCCCGAACCCUAUCAUUAUACAGAUUUAUAUCUCUUUCUUUGACAUUUCUCUCUCUAACAUUCAGACAGACAUAGAUCUUAGAUUUUUUCCCUGGGGAAAAAGUGAGUUCAUCUUUUCAGAUCUUACACUUACUUUGAUUUCAUAAACUGAUGUACCACAAAUCAUUGCUAGUACUCUCUUAACUGGCUUCGUAAUUUGUGAUCUAAGCAAUAUGCCAGAAAGGAAGAGCUCGCAUAUGGAGAGAUCAAACAACAUAGAGUGGAGAAACAACUUCUAUGGCCGUUCAAGAACUUCACCAUGGAGCUAUGGAGAUUAUGAUAAUUACCAACAGGAUCAUGAGUAUCUUCUAGGGUUUCCAUGGCCACCAAGAUCCUAUACAUGCAGCUUCUGCAAAAGGGAAUUAAGAUCGGCUCAAGCACUUGGUGGCCACAUGAAUGUUCACAGAAGAGAGAGAGCCAGACUCAGAUUACAACAGUCUUCAUCAUCAUCUUCAACACCUUCUCCUCCUUACCCUAAUCCUAAUUACUCUUACCCUGCCAUGGCUACGUCUCAUCCUCUAACCCUAUUCCCAGCCCUUUCUCCUCCUUCCUCACCUGGUUUUGGACCAUGUUUGACCCGUUCCUUGAGCCCCAAGUCUAAACAUCUACCAGAAAACGCUUGUGAGACUAUGAAACCACCUCUUGUAGUCAAGGCUGAGGAAGCUAAAAGGUUGUGCAAGAACGAUGCUCACAAGUUCUUGAAGAAUGGUGAAAUCAUCAGUUUGAACCUCGAGAUUGGUGUGAUCAACGAGUCAGAGCAAGAUCUAGAUCUGGAGCUCCGUUUGGGUUUUGCUUAGGUGGUAAAUCUUUAUAUAUAUCAUUCUAAGCUCACACUAGAUCAUUCUAGAUGCUACUUUUAUAAAGUUAACUAUUUCCAACAUAAACUCUCUAAGCGUUUUAAUUAGUAUAACUUUUCAUAUAUAUUUUAUAGUAUAUUUAAGCUAGAUGUCUUAUAGGUAUGUGCUUAAAUACUACUGUUUUAUAUAUGAAUACAGUAUAAGAUAUAAAAUUGCGUUAGAUGUAUGUUUUAUAAUUAUGUUUUUAUAUACCUACUGUUUUAUAUAGGACAAUGGAUACAAUAGACGUCGUUCGAACUAACAAAUCUAAUCUAUCGUUUAGGUACUAGUUACUCGACAUGGGCUAGUGUCGUUAGUUUUGUGGAACAUAUAUUAACUAUAAUUGUACAUAUGGUUUGUAGUGCUCCUUUGUUAUUAGGGUCUGUAUAGACACUAUUUCAAAGUAAUAGACUAUCAUUUAUCAGAACUCGAUGUGUUAUUUGAUGCUUAUGAAAUUUCACAUGUGACACUAACAAAUAGUGGGGUUUUGCCAUUGUGAAAAUAUUAAAUUUUAGUUACAUAUCAAAAUGUAUAUUCAGAUUGAAUAUAUAAUUUACUACGUAACAAUUAUUAUAAGUAAUUUGUAAAACAAAUAUUUUUAAAAAAAUAUUGGUCACUGAGAUAUAUUAGAUAUUAUAAAAAAAAUUCAAGUUCACAUAAAGUAAUGAUCUUUUCCGCAAAUUAAAGGGAUUUAUUAAUUAAUGCACCCCUAUAUGACUUUUGUCAACCCCCCCUAUAUCUAUAUCGAUGUUAGUUACAAUUUCACACUUACGGUAAUACAAAAAUAUUGGUCACUGAGAUAUAUUAGACAUUAUAAAUAAUUUGUUAAUAUGUGUUCAAACUCAAAAACAUCAAAAAUUAUGAACGGAUAAAGUACCCUCUUUUUGGCCGAAAUUCGGUUGAUUCUUUUUUUUUUUUGGGAGGGGGGGGACGGGAGAUGAUUUUUUUUUUUUUUUUGUAAACAAGGCUUUCAUUAAUAAAACUGAAAAAAAAAAGUUUACAGACAUCAGAGACAAGGUUAAUAGGGCCCAGUCCAGUUAUACAUCCCAAUUAAAAAGAACCAUAAUUGAAACCCCAAAAUGAAAGUUAGAAGCCCAUAUGAGUAGAGGGAUGAAACCCAGUUGAAAGUCAAUUUGAGGGAGAGGGUGCUUUCUUAAGAACUUAGGAAGAAGAACGACGACGACCGUUCCAAAACCAAUCAAUUUGAGUGAGAAAACCAUAAGGUAGAGGCAGUUGAACGACGACGACGACGGGGGGUGACUUUUGCAAGAAGCUUUUUCCUUAAAUCUUUCAUAGCUAAUAAGGUAGAGGCAGUUGAAGGUCGAACCCUAGCAAGGAGAUAUGGAAAAAUGCAAAUAUGUCAAUAAUUCUACCUUGAAACAACUGAGUUGCAUGAAAACUUAAAAUAUCGAACGUCAUAAGUUUUGUUGAUCACAUCCUCAAGCGACCUCAUUGGAACUAACACAUCUAAUCUAUCGUUUAGGUAAUUGUUACCCGACAUGGGCUAGUGUUGUUAAUUUUGUGAAACAUACAUUUAUAACUAGAUUUUGAACCGCAACGUGUGGAUAUUUUUAAUUUUAUAAAUG